AUGAAGCGGCUACAAGAGGACGGUGAGCGGGAGUGUCUUUAUCAGACGAGGAGUGGGGGGCCCAACUAUGCACGCACGGAUUUGGUGGCGAUGUUGAAGGAGGCUCAGGUGGCGACUAUCCGUUUUGCUGAGGAGAACCACGACCUCAUCGGUGGUGCCGUCAACGCCGCCCCCGCCUCCGAGGAAACGUGCAGUCGACAAAAAUUGGAGGGGGCGUACCUCGGUCUCGUAAAGGUGCAGGCACCGAUGGUCCGCUGCAGCCGGCCAGCAUUCCGCAAGCUCUGCCGCCUGUGGGGAACGGACGUAAGCUACACGCACAUGAUCAUGGCGGACAGCUUCACCCGCUCCAGUGCAGCACGGAAGGCGGACUUCUCCAUUUACGCAGGCGAAGAUCGUCUGGUAACCCAAAUUGCCUCCUGUAGCGGCCCUCUCGCCGCACAAGCGGCGACGCUCCUGGCGCCGUACUGUGAUGCGAUCGACCUCAAUUGCGGAUGCCCGCAGCGCUGGGUGAUGAAAGAGGGUCUGGGCUCGGCUCUGCUGCAAAAACCAGAGGUCGUUGCAGACAUGCUGAGUUGCAUCCGCAAUGGGCUCUCAGGCGGGUUGAGCCUUCCGUGUGUCGUGAAGAUGCGCGUGGAGGACGAUGUGCGGCGCAGCGUGGAUUUUGCCCGUCAGUGCGAGGCGGCUGGGUGCGGGUGGCUCACGGUGCACGGGCGGACGCCGUCGUGCUCGGCGCACGCGCCUGUUCGGCUAGACGCCAUACGCACCGUCCGGGAAUGUGUCUCGAUUCCCGUUGUGGCUAACGGUGGCGUGAACAACCCACAGACAGCUCUCAAGACGGCCUUGGCAGCUGGUGUGGGUGGCGUGAUGAGCGCAACAGGCCUUCUCGCAAACCCCGCCUCUUUCUACGUGCCGCGGGAUGACGAGGAGCUGCGCUUCGCGCCGCAGCGGUGCGGCGUUGAUGUCGCGCUGGAGGCAUCUGUGGGGCGCUGUGCAGGCUCAGAUGCGGGGUCCGCUACUGUGGACGGCGCGAAUGCUGCAUGGCCGAAGGUCCUUCACUGCUGCCCAGUGGAGGUAAUUUCAGACUUCAUCCGUCUGAGCUGUGUGAUGGACCUCCCGUCGAAGGCAACCUCGAUGCACCUCCUCAAGAUGGGGGGGAACUACCUGAGCCCGACGGAGCGCGUCUUUGUGGCGCAGAUGCACUCCUCCUUCUCGGUUGUGUCGACGUUCCAGCAGCUUGGACUGUACACUCAGGAGGGCAAGUUUCGAGUUGUGGAGAGCGUGACGUAG